AUGACCAACCACAUACUACCUUGCGUGGCCCUCCGAGGAAGAUUCAAAAAGCCUCACAAUCAAAACAAAGUCAGAAAACUCAUUCAUACCAUUGGCGCCAGUUUUACUACCGACUUAGAGAAAGCAACUCAUGUUGUUACUACGGAACUCUGUUUCAAAAGUGGUGGCCGGUUCAUCAAAGAUGCGAAGGAGCGGGAUCUCAAAAUCCUAGGGAUAGAGUGGCUGGAAGAAUGUAGCGAGAGUCAAUGUUUCGUGGAUGCAAACCCAUAUACCUUCCAUGAUGCCUGCAAAGAUCUAGAUCAGCUGGAUCAAAGGGGCAGUCAUGCGAGCUUCGGCAGGAUCUUCGAGGAUAUCCUGACCAUGUGUGAUUCCAAGAUCACAGAAAUGGUGACUAAAAGGCAUUCUGAGUUUUGGGCUCUCCUCACUACGCCGCCGAGGGAGAGUUCGCAGCUUAUAUUAGAUAGCUCAGUUUGA